AUGUUUCCUAACAGCGUUCAAUCUAUUGCUCAGUUUGCAAGUACGAAAGGGGUUCUCUUUGGAUUAGGACUUACCGUAUCCUCAGAAGACUGCCCUGAACUCCAACCUUCACCCGACGGGCUUACUGCUUCUGAGUUUUUAGAGGAGGCGGCGCAAUGGGGAGUAGACUUCGUUAAGCUCAAUUCGUGCUCUCGAACCCGGGAAGAAGCCGCUGAGGAGUUCGCCAUGUGGGCAGAAGCAGCAAAGACCUCCGCCCCGUCACUGCUGCUCUUCUGUUCCUGGUCCCGUAAACACGUAGCUGCAGAAGAAUUGGGUCAAUUGUGUUCCGAGUGGGAAGAAAGCGAGAGGAUCCACGGGAGCCACGGUAGCCACGGGAGCCACAGAGAGUCUUCUGCGCAUGCAGCUGGCGGCUCUAAUGUGCAUCUGCAAGUCGUAAGAGAGGAAAAAGAAAAGGCAGUUGGUGCUUCUAAUGACCUUCACCAUGGCGAGGGAUCCGAUCACCACAAGCUGGAGUUGGAUAUUUCCUCUGGUGUAGCUAAGAGAGAGAGGCGACUCGCCUCAGCUGCAUUACUCGGCAGACAUGUGACUAUGAGGGUCUCUUCCUUUGACGACUUCUUGCAGCAAGCGGAGUUGAUAGAAGAUCCGGUGUGGCUUGCUGCAGUAUCUGAUCCCCAAGAGGCUAGAGUAAAAAGCAACAGAGGAGACGGAGGUUUAGAGGUAUUGACUCGGCAGCAAGCUGAUGGAGACUGUCUCCUGGGUUUGUUUAACAGAGGGGAGCAGCAACUGUCUGUUGCUGCUGCUGCAGCACAAGUGCUGCAGUGGUGUGGGGUGGAGGGACAGUCGCUCUCAAAAAUCACUCAGGCCUGGACCCAUCUCUCCUCCCAGCACCAGCACCAGCAGCAGCAAGAGCAGCAGCAGCAGCAGAUAGACAACCUUCUUCUGCCUCCUGAUGCUGCUGCUCUUAUGCUUGUAGAGAUGGCAGACCCCUUACUUUCUCUGGACAACUCCGUUGCUUGCUAUGCCAACAUGUUGUUGUAG